AGAGUGGUUUUUUCGGUUCCUUUGACACACCAUGAUCCGAGAGAUCUUGCAUUAAUCGGUUUAGAAAACAAACGCAAAACCCGUUUUGGAUUUAGGAGUAAGAUAUUGGAUUUUCCUUAGACAAUCCAAUUGCGUAAUAACUCCGUGCACCGUAGACUCAUUUACCCACUGGGUACCUAUUUUUAUAAACACAAUCCAUCCCUUAGUUGCUCGGAGAAGAAGAAGAAGAAGAAGAAGAAGAAGAAGAAGAAGAAGAAGAAGAAGAAGAAGAAGAAGAAGAAGAAGAAGAAGAAAGAACUGCCCACACCAGGAUUCGAACCGCCGAACCUUCCAUCUGACUUCCGAUUCCCUGACUGAAUCCCCCUGUAAUAAUGAAGUAAUUGUGAGGCAUUACAGCUAUUAAUUCAACACAGUGCAUCGGAAAGGUAAAAGCUGCCGGUCUCACUAAGAGUUGAACUCAUAGCCUUCGCUCUCAAGCCACUAGAGUUAUCUUCUCCUCUCCGCCUCACUAACAACUAUACUACUUGUGGAGAAAAUAUUGACUAAAUCGGUUCGUGCGGAAGCGCUGGGUAGUUAAAACAGCAGGCUCAAGCACGUUCCGAGCACGAAUCUCAUUUAUUAUUGUACUUUUACCUUUCUAGUAAUUUCCUACUGGUAAGACUACAGCACUUCAACCUAAUGAAUAAAAGUAACCAUAAGCCCAAAAGUACGCAUUGCGGACCUAUUUUUAAACUGGCGUCCGGAAGAAAAUUGACGGCGGUGAACAAUAAAGACAAUAGAGUGUUAAUGUCUCGGAACUAUCGGUCUGAUAGUUGCCUCUUGGAAAUUUGAUGUUCUUAAUUAAAACUAACAUAUUUGCUCUGGAAUCUUCGCAUCUCGGGCAAAUAUUUCUUUUAAAGAACAUCAAAUUUCCUCGGAGCAACAAUCAGCCGAUGGUUCCUCGACAGAAACACACUUUAAAUAGCAGACUUGCACGACCACAAUUAAUUUCGUUUUCCCUUUCGUAUUUAAAUUUUGAAGUCGCUCUGGGGAAUAAGAACCAAUUGUCCCAAUUAGCAUAAGAAAAAGAAAAAGUGAUAUAUUCUGGAUGUUGUAUUCAAAUGAGGUCGCCAUGCGAAUCACCUAUUGUUUUGCUAAAGACCCCUUUAUUGAAAUGAAGCUGCAUCAGCAAUGCUGCAAAAGUUGGGGCUAAAAGUUUUAUCUGUCUGUUUGUGGCGGUGUUUUCCGAAACGGAUAUUAACUCAAAAAGAACUCCUGUUUGAAUGCUGAAAACACACAAAGAACUGAACUAAGUAUUCCAGAUGGCGAGCCCGAAGAAGCAAGUUCAGUUUCAGGAGGCCCCGGGGGACGAACACCCGUUAGUUGUGUUUAACAAGGGCGCUGUCGAUCGAACAAGACAUCGGAAGUUAUCACGUGCUGCUAGUACAAUGUCAAUGGGAUCGAUUACAUUACGACCUGAGGACGAAGAGGAGGGUCAGGAUCGAGACGAGUCUGUUAAAAGCUCUAAAUCAGACAAACUACAUCAGCUCAUUCUUUCCGGAAACCAAGAAGAAGUCGACAAAUUUAUUACUAGAGGAAAUGAUAUCAACCGCCAAGACAACUCUGGUAAGACACCUCUUCACACAGCCAUCCUCUCCAGUCAGUACAGUAUCGUAAACAAAUUGUUGGAAAGCGGUGCUGACGUCACCAUUACUGAUGAUGCAGGCGACUCCGUUAUACACACAGCCAUCCGAGUUGGAAGUGAAAGACUGGUACAGACUCUUAUCCAGCAAGGUAGGUGCGACAUCAAUGCCUUGGGACGUAACUCGGCCACUCCUCUGCAUCUUGCUGCCGAGAUGGACAAUGCUGACAUCUGCAAGAUUUUGGUAGAGAACGGUGCCACUUUAUCACCAAUGGAUAUCGAACAAAUGACACCUGUGGGUCGAGCAAUGGAAAGAGGAGCAAAGAAGUCGGCUCAAUAUCUGCUACAGACUGCGAAAGAAAAGACAGGUUCCGUGGAGGAAUUUAUGUACAAUGUCGAUAUUGAUGGCAGCUCUCUUCUUCACCUGGCUGUGAACAGCGGCGUGUUGGGGGUAAGCCAGGAUGUUCGAAUUCCUUUUCACCAAACUUGCAACGAUUAACGUUGACUCAAAAAAA